AUGGCGUGCUUCCAGGAAACCACGUCGGUUAUAACUGAGAUACCCCUUCGUCAUCUGUCACCUCUGUGCCCUGGGUCGGGCGAGCCCUGGUCGAGGUCUCCCAAGUCAGUGGCAGAAACCCAACCACUUGAGACAUCACCACUGCCUCUCAGGGGUGAGAAAGAGAACCACGCUGCCGAUGACUCCGAGCGAGGGGCCCUGGACAUGUGCUGCAGUGAGAGGCUGCCGGGUCUCCCCGACCCUGUAGUGAUGGAGGCGCCGGACAAGAUGGAAGGGCUCCCUGACUCGCCGACGGCAAUGCCACCGCCCCCACCGCCCACGGAGCCAGCGCAGAAGCCGCCACCUCCAGGCACCGGCAGCCACUCCCUCACCGUCAGGAGCAGCCUGGGCCUGUUCGCUGCCGCCCAGUUCGUGCUUGCCUGCGGGGUACUGUGGUUCAGCGGCUAUGGCCACGCGUGGUCGCAGAAUGCCAGAGACCUCAUCUCCUCCCUGCUCACGCUCCUGAAGCAGCUGGGGGCCACGGCCUGGCUGGGCGCUGGGGCCUGGGGGCUCCCCAGUCUGCUGCUCCUCUCUCUGUCUGUGGGCCUGCUCCUCGUCGCCCCCCUGGUGUGGCACUUCCUGAGGGCUCCUGCAGAGCCGCCCGCCCCACUGCCCGCCGAGGACAGGCGCCAGUCGGUGAGCCGCCAGCCCUCCUUCACCUACUCAGAGUGGAUGGAGGAGAAGGGAGAGGAUGACUUCCUGGACCUGGACCCUGUGCCCGAGACGCCCGUGUUUGACUGUGUGAUGGACAUCAAGCCUGAGGCUGACCCCACCUCACUGACCGUCAAGGCCAUGGGUCUGCAGGAGAGGAGGGGCUCCAACGUGUCCCUGACCUUGGACAUGUGCACGCCGGGCUGCAACGAGGAGGGCUUUGGCUACCUGGUGUCGCCCCGCGAGGAGUCGGCCCACGAGUACCUGCUCAGCGCCUCCCGCGUCCUCCGAGCGGACGAGCUGCAUGAAAAGGCCCUGGACCCUUUCCUCCUGCAGGCGGAGUUCCUUGAAAUCCCUAUGAACUUUGUGGAUCCCAAAGAGUACGACAUCCCCGGGCUGGUGCGGAAGAACCGGUACAAAACCAUCCUGCCCAACCCUCACAGCAGAGUGUGUCUGAGCUCGCCAGAUCCCGAGGAUCCUCUGAGUUCCUACAUCAAUGCCAACUACAUCCGGGGCUACGGCGGCGAGGAGAAGGUGUACAUCGCCACACAGGGCCCCAUCGUGAGCACGGUGGCCGACUUCUGGCGCAUGGUGUGGCAGGAGCACGCGCCCAUCAUCGUCAUGAUCACCAACAUCGAGGAGAUGAACGAGAAAUGCACCGAGUACUGGCCGGAGGAGCAGGUGGUGCACGAUGGCGUAGAGAUCACCGUGCACAGGGUCAUCCACACUGAGGAUUACCGGCUGCGACUCAUCUCCCUCAAGGUGAGCUCUGGGGCCGGGCUGGGUGGAUGGAAGCGAGGGGCACCACUGGGGACUCCACUGAGAACAGGGUGCAGCCGUCCACUGCAGCGGAAACAAAGGCCUGUGUCAGGAUUUACCGAUAAGUAGAGGCGAAGGAGGCGCAGAUGGACUUGGGGGCCAGGCAGGACCAAACCAAACCUCAGCUGCUUUUCCUAGAGCUCAGCUACAUUCGUUGCUGAUGGACUCUCUCUAUAUAUACUGCCAUUCACAAUGCCCGCUGGCCCGAGGCCGGGAAGGGGUGGAUGGGGGGACUUCUGCAGCCUCCUGCACGGUCCUCAUGAGUGAGGGCUCCUUAACGACUUGGAGAUCUGCCCUAGAAACGGUCCCUUCAAGACCUGGGCUGGGCUGGGCUCCUGGCCUGUAGUGCCGGCCCUGUCCACCAGAGGGCAGACGCUCCCUGCCGCUGCGGCGCUGCACAGAGGCUGUGGUUACAGAAAAUGGCAAGAAAAGGGAAGGCAGCAACAUAUGAGCAGUGCAGAACAGCCCGGAAGAGUGAGCGGAGGGAUCCUCCCACCCUGAAGUG